AUGUCAUCCGCCUCAUCGUCGUCCUCUUCGUCCUCGCUUUCCUCCCGCCUUUCCACCGUGUCCUCGACGUCGUUCUCCUCGACGUUCUCUGAUGCCUCUUUGUAUCAUAUUGGGCUGGCAGCAGUGCCCUCGCCUUCAGUCUCGCCGCCUCCGCCUCACCACCACCACCAUCACAGACACAGGAAAGCCAUCUCAGCCGAAGGUGGCGAUAAGGUAGUAGGCGUGGAGGAUCAAAUCACUGUACAAUCUACAAAGGAGCCAAGAAAACCUUCCAAGACCCACAGCUUUUUCGCGUCCCCUUUCUCGCCAACGCCGACACCAACGCCCCCGCCCCCGCCCCCGCCCCCGCCUCCACCACUGCCCGAAGUAGUUCAGCCCUCUCCCAAACGCAGCCUGACUGCGUCGUUUUUCGCUGCUACACCGCAGCCAGAGAUUGAGACGCCUUCGCCGAUCAGCACGCCCGGCUACACCAUCCCCAAGCACAAACCGCGGACAUCUCUAUCGCAAAUCCCGCUAUCCAGGCUUUUCCCUUCGAGAUAUAGAUCCGACCCGCAAGCUGUAGCCCUUGAUGCGCACCUGGCGUUCUCUAAUCCUACGUCAUCCCCCGCCGGCCGACGAGAAUUUCUCUCGCUCGACACGGCUCCCGAGCUCGAUGAUUCCACCUUGCCGAAUCCUCACUCGCCAACGUUCUCCCCACAUCACCUUCACCCCACCCAUUAUUCGUCUUCACGGUCGAUAUCGCCCGUCACGCCGUCAUCGCCUUUGUCGCGGCAGUUCUCGCUCUCGUCCAGCGAAGAGAGUGAUAAUGGACAUGACCAAUUGGGCAUUACGCUUCCCUCGCCAAGCCAAGGCGGCAGAGCACUGGCCGACGCCGAAGAGACUGAGACGGAGAGGACACCCAGGCCAGGUCAUUUGGAGAGUCCCUUCGCGCAUCACUCACGCCCCACAAAACCACCCCCCGAACGUCUGUCCAGGCACCCUGGCAUCACCAAUGUGAAAUCAGCCGUGCCAGCAGUAACGCCGCCUCCGCCGAUAAGCAAUCAGGAGGUGGAGGAUGAUCUUGAUGGAGUUUUGAGUCCGGGGUCUGUCAUUCGUUCGCCCCUCCCUAUCACCUCGCCCCUCCCACACACAUCUUCCCCGACACCGGACGAUGAAGCAAUCCAACUGACGCUUGUUAAGCCGCUUGGGCAGGGCGCGUUUUCAGCCGUGUGGUUAGCGGUAGACGAGUCUCGGGUGGGGCUGGUCGACGCUGCGCGGGCGAAGACCGAGCUGGUGCGCCGGGAAAGCGGGAGAUUGAAGCGGAAUUGGAGCGGGCGUAGUUCGAGGAAGGAGGCCCUGAGCAGAAAUGGAAGUGGGAGGAGUACGAACAAGGGUAGCCUGAAGAGGAGGAAGAAGUAUCCCGGCUUAGGCGUCGAUGUGGAGGAACCUGGUGGUGGCCUGGCGCGCUCGGAUUCAGGUCGGUCGACUAUCAGUGUGGCGUCGUCGAUAAACUCGAUCGCUUCCCUUACGUCUACGACAUCGCUCGCGUCCUUUGACUCUUGUGCCACCAGGAUGUCGGACGAGGUACUGGGGGAUAUAUUGAGGGUGAAGCUGGGGAAGGGUGGCGUUUGUGGGGUGCGGCCGAUGGGGGACGCUGCAUUUUAUGAGAGCUAUCAGAGCGGAGACGGGAAAUUGCAGCAUGGUGGAGAUGACGUUAGGGAGAAGGAGAUCAAGAUAGGGACGGCGACUGGGCAGGCUGUAGGGCUGGGCAUAAGCGUUGGCGAGGCGCUGGAUGACCCCCCACGGUCCAUGCAUGAAUACAAAGGAUACAUUCGGCAGGCGCAGACGAGAUUGGUCGCUGUGAAGAUGACGCCUUUGCCACGCCGUGGGGUAGAGGAAAAGGAGCGAGAGCGGAUGAGCGUUAGCUUCGUGAGAGAGGUGGAGGUGCUGAAGCACAUAUCUCAUCCGAAUAUCACACCUCUACUCUCGCAUCUGACUACCCCCACGCAUCACGUCCUCGUUCUGCCGUACCUCCCCGGCGGCGAUUUACUGGGCCUGGUGAAUACAGAGGAAGCUCAUGCUGUGUUACUCGAAUCUGUGUUGAAGGAGAUGUUCUACGAGCUGUGUAAAGCAGUUGCAUGGAUGCAUAGCGUUGGGUUGGUGCAUCGUGAUAUCAAGUUGGAAAAUAUUCUUCUUGCAACUUCCGCAUUCUCUUCCCCUAACCCAGCAUCACCGCCCACGCUUGCAUCCCUCCCAUCGCCUCUCAUCCUCCUCACCGAUUUCGGUUUAUCGCGUUUUAUCGAUCCCGCGAACCCGUUAUUGACCACACGCUGUGGGAGCGAGGCGUAUGCCGCGCCCGAGCUAGUGAUGAGUGGGGGGAGGGGAAGUGUCGCUAGCAAACCCCUGCGGUUCAAGAUCAGUGGGCACGAUAGCAGCAUGCACGAAGUCCAUGAAUAUGAUGGCGAGAAUGAGGGCGGAUAUGAUGCGAGGGAGACGGAUGCGUGGGCGUGCGGUGUAGUGCUAUUUGCGCUGGUUUGUAGGAGGCUGCCGUUUGGGGAGGGGGCGAUGGGGAUCCGGGGGGAGAGGGAGGAGGGGAACGGAGGGGUUGCAGAUCGGCGGAGGUGGUUAAUGAAGAUUGCGAAAGGGGACUACUCGUGGCCGGAGCAUCAUGAACAUAGUCGUGUUAUCGCCACCGACCAUGAGGAGCGAGAGUUGCGGGGUAUGGACUUGGUGAGGAGCGAGGGAGCGAAGCGGGUCGUCGGCCGACUUUUGGUUCGGGAUCCGUCCAAACGGUUGAGCAUUGGGGAGCUGAUGCGUGUUGAGGAGGAGUGGGUUAGCCCAGUCGAUCGCGGGGGAGACGAAGAUAUGGAAGGCGACGGGACUAUAACCACUUUUGAUUCCGCUGGGGGACCGUAUGCUGGUGGCCAUGUGGUGGCGCUGCCUGCUCGCGCUGCCAAGCCGGAUACGCCGUUAACCUUUGGCGUGGAGCUUCCGGAUGAUCAGGAUCAGGAUGGGCAGGAUGCCGAUGCGGAGGAUGAGGAGGAUGGUGGGGAGGAAGAGGAUGAUGGGUGGUUGAUCACGGAGCCGCCGAGAGAUAGCAUCGUCUGUCGGGAAGUCGUCUAA